AGCGAAGGGACGGUAGCCGGCGGACGGUCGGUGUGGCCCCGCGCGGAUGGCUCCCCCACAGCUGGACAGCGACGCGCCUGUGAGGGAGAAGGAGGUGGUGGGCAGCGGCGGCAGCGCACCCCGCGGUUUCUUCACUUGGGAAGAGGUCGGGCUGCGCACUGGUCGGAUCCAGCCUUACAACGAGCACUGGCUGGUGAUCGACCGGAAAGUCUACGACGUUAGCCGCUUCUACAAGCGGCACCCGGGAGGCGCCCGAGUGAUCCGGCAUUAUGCCGGGCAGGAUGCCACGGAUGCAUUUACAGCAUUCCACCUUGAUAAAAAUUAUGUGAGCAAAUACUUGAAGCCAUUGCUGAUUGGGGAGCUUGCACCAGAUCAACCUAACUCUGAGCCCAACAAAAAUCAAUUGAUAAUAGAGGACUUCCGUAAGCUGCGAUCCACUGUUGAGAAGGCAGAACUCUUGAAGCCCAACAUCCUCUUCUUCUUCCUGAUUUUCCUUCACAUUGUGAUAUUAGAUGUUGGUGCCUGGUUUACCAUCUGGUACUUUGGAACAUCUUUACUACCAUUCUUCCUAGGUGUUGCAUUAUUUGCUACUGCUCAGUGCCAAAUGAAUUGGUUUCAGCAUGACUUGGGACACCUUUCUGUCUUUAGCAUAUCAAAAUGGAAUCACAUGCUACAUACAUUCUUAAUGUGCAUAAUGAAAGGAAUGGCAGCAAAGUGGUGGAAUAACCUGCACUUCCAGCACCAUGCCAAGCCCAAUUGCUUUCGUAAAGACCCUGAUCUCAACAUGCAUCCUUUUUUGUUUGCUUUAGGGAAGAAACUGGCUGCAGAGCUUGGGAUGCAGAAAAAGAAGUUCAUGCCUUACAACCAUCAACACAAGUACUUCUUCAUUUCAGGUCCAGGAGCAUUGCUUCCCUUCUUCCAGUUCUCUGUAUUCUACUUCUCAAUCAAGCGAAAAGAAUGGGUGGAGCUAGCUUUGAUGAUAACCUUCUACAUCCGAGUCUGUCUCAUGUAUAUACCUAUUAUGGGAUUUAAGUGUUUUAUGGCAUUCUUCUGGCUGGCCAGGCUUCUUGAGAUCUGCUGUUUUACCUGGGUGUCACAAAUGAAUCACAUCCCGAUGCACAUUGACUAUGAUAUAAAUACAGACUGGGUAUCUACACAGCUCCAGGCAACCUGCAACGUGGAUCAAUCCUUUUUUAAUGACUGGUUUACUGGCCAUCUGAACUUCCAGAUUGAACACCACCUUUUCCCCACAAUGCCUCGACACAACUUGUGGAAGGUGGCCCCUCUGGUGAAAUCCCUCUGUGCCAAGCAUGGCAUUGCCUACCAAUGCAAGCCCCUGUUCACUGCCUUUGGAGACAUUGUGCACUCUCUUAAGGAUUCUGGGCAAGCCUGGUAUGAUGCAUAUAUACAUGCAUAAGAAAGCAGCAAUUUCUGAAGAAUGAUUCCAUCAUUAGCCAUGAAAAUACAUCACAGACUGGGAGCAGUUAACAUGCUAAGGAAGUAUUUGUGGUCUGGUGGGUGAAUUGGUCAGAAUGAAUUAAUGAAUUUGGGACAUUCUGAAACACUUUUUGUCCUGUGCAAUGUUUUCUUUUGUGCUAGUUCUCUUGUUGUAUUGUGGCAUAGUGUUGUGCAUUUGUUUUGUUGUAAAUUACAAUAAUUAUGAAAAUAGGGUGUUUCAUAAUUAUAGAUAUGAAAAUGAAACGAAACAGCCUAUACAGAAAGAAAUCCAUAAUUUUCUUUCAUUUUGUUCAGGAGCUUUCAUUUUUUUGCACUUACUUUCUAUUUGUCUCGACUGUGUUUUCCUAAUAAGGGCAUAUAAAGCUGUGUUCCUUAGGAGAAGUGGAGAGAGAGCCUCUGGGUUUUCUUGAUUGAUUGCUGACUUUAGCACUAAGAUUACAUGCAUAUGUGAGGUAGUCCAAUCCUGAAGUAUAUGGGGUGAGACUUUGAAUUAGAAGCCGAUUUCACAUACUGCAACUUGCCUGUUUCUAGAGAUCAUUUGCAGGUUUUACUUGUGCCACAGUACAGUCAUGAUAGUAUUUUAUACUAUAUUAAUCCGUUCUUACUAGCUUAGCUUGAAUAUAGUUUCUUUUUGUGUGUGUGUUCUCCAAUUCUUUCCGAAGCAUUUUACUGAUUGUACUUGGGACUUGCUCACCCCCUUUCUUUCCUGAUUUAUUAUGUGAUUUGUGGCUUGCCUUCUGGGUUCCUCCACAACUUACGGUUCUUUGAAACCCAAUAUUUUUAUUUAAUCCCCCCCCUCAGUUUUAUUUGUUUUAUUCAUUCGUUUCACUGUGUGACGUGAAUGUUGCCACAGUGUACCCCUAUCAAAGCCUUUUGAUUUUUAACCUUCCCCCUCCACUGCCGCUGAAGCUCCUGUGGUUCUUUGGGAAUUACAGUUAAUUUUGAAUUUGUCUGUCUUGUGCAACUCAGUCUGUGUUUAAUGUCUGGGUGUCCCAAGUGUGUCUACAGUGCCAACUCCUCAAGCUGCUUUGUGUGUUACUGUUUUCUAAGAGUUCUUCCAUGUACUUUAACAUUAAGCAUGGGUGCCUUUCAUUGCCUCAGUCAUAGGACAGGGUCAGUCUAAAUGCAGGCAAGGCAUGAAAGGGAGGUAUUUCUGUUGUUCUUCAUUUUUGAGGACAUCUCAUGCGUUUGUGUAAAACUGAACUCUCUUUUUCCCCAUGGAGGGGGAGUGGGACAAUUUAAAGCAGAAGAACAGGACUGGUAGAGAGUUAACAAUGAAACAAAAAUCACAAGUUAUUUGGAGGAAUAUCCAUGGUAAGCUUAAGAAAAAAGUUCCUUAUAGAUUUUUAGCAUAUUGACUUCUGUGUUAACAUUGCCUCCAUUCCUAUGAUAGUAGUGGUGAUUGCUCCUCCUUUCCACCAUGCACUUCAAAGAACAUGUGACCUGGGGCCUCUGGAUGUGAAGGGGGGGAAAUGGGAAAAUUGGGGAGAAAGGGAAGUUUCAUAAGCACAUUUUUCAGUUUUUCCAGUGGAAAUUUUUGAGGGGAACUUGAAGAAUAUUUCUAUGAAUUCUUUUCCCUUUUGAAAUGAAGAGUUAAAUCCUAUCUAAAACUUUUGUGCACAGAAGCAUGACUUCCUCUGUCCUGCUGUGGCCCAAUAUACCCCCAAAAUAGCUCCUGCAGGACCUCCAGAAGUUGCAUGAGGGAAGAGUGGGAGGGCUGUGGCCAAUUAAACUACACUAAUUGGCUGCAGCCAAUUAACUUUAUAAAUAAAGGAUUUAAAAUUUUAUAAAUAAAGGAUUUUAUGUUGUUAAAGUGGCAGAAUAAGUGUUGGUUUGAUUGGAAAAUUAAUGUAGUUUCCCCCAAAAUUUCCAUACACACACACCCUGGAAAAAGCAGUUUUAUUCAUGGAUUCAAAAUUUUUGGAAAUUUUACAUCUUUAGCCUUCAUGCUGAUGCCCAAUCAUACAGAGGAGCUGUUCAUGUGAUUUGAUCUUUUCUUUUACGGGAGAGAAACUGUAUGACUAAGGCCUCCAUGCUAUCUGUUGCAAUGUGGAUGCCUUGGCUCACACACUAUUUGAAGUGUAAGGUGGAGAAGAGGGGCACGCUCUCACUCAUCCACCAUGGAGAGGCCACUGCCAUUCCUAAUGUAUGAUCCAGUUGACUCUCAUUCAGUGAUGAUUUCUGGCAACAUGAUUGAAAAGUAUUAAGUAUUUAUUGUUUCAAUACGUGAUUCAAAGUAUUGAUCUUCUUUAGCACAGCCCUCAUAGGUUGUACACCACUUCAUGUGUACAUAUUUGUAUUUAUUUGUAUGUUUUUGUUAAUAUGUUUCAUAAAUCUCAUUGGCUUGA